AUACAUCCUUGGAAAAAGAGAAAACAGGGAACUCUUCACGGAACUGGAAAAUUGAAUCCCUAACGAAGAAUUUGAGGGGAGAGAGAAAAUCGAGAUGAAGGAACCGAUGCAUAAAACGAAAGUGGUGAUAAGGCAUCUUCCGCCGUCAGUUACCCAAUCGUUUUUCUUUUCUCAAAUCGACGAACGUUUCUCUGAUCGUUACAAUUGGUUCUCCUUCCGUCUCGGCAAGUCCAGCCAUAAGCAACAGAGCUAUUCUCGAGCUUACAUAAACUUCAAGAGACCGGAAGAUGUCUUUGAGUUUGCUGAGUUCUUUGACGGACAUGUAUUUGUUAAUGAGAAGGGUACUCAAUUCAAGGCCAUUGUUGAAUAUGCUCCUUCACAGCGUGUACCGAAGCCUGGCACUAAAAAGGAUGGUCGUGAAGGGACCAUUUUCAAAGAUCCUGAUUAUCUGGAAUUUCUCAAAUUGAUUGCAAAACCUGUUGAGAAUCUUCCUAGUGCUGAGAUUCAGUUGGAGAGAAAAGAAGCUGAACUAUCUGGUGCUCCCAAGGAAACUCCUGUUGUUACACCACUAAUGGAAUUUGUGCGUCAGAAGCGCGCUGCCAAGAGUGGGACUCAGGGGUCAAUAACGACAAGAAAGAUUGGCAGAAAAAUGGCUGGCAAGCCUGGGUCAAGUAGCAAGAGCUCUGAGAAGAAAAAGUAUAUUCUAAAAGACAGUGCAAAAGGUGCGAAAAAGUCCAAUUUUUUUGUAGCAUCCAAGCAAGAGGAUCAAUCAGUGACUUCUGUUGCAAAAGAAAUAAGAGAGAAUGGAACUGUCUGUGGCAUCGAUGGGCCUGUAACUGGAAUUACUUUUGCUGCCGACUCUGUCAAGAAAAAGAUCCUUCUCCUUAAACCAAAAGACCGAGAGCCUCCUAAUGUGCCAGAGGGUGUAUCUGAACAGCAGUGUGCAUCAUCUCCUGCAGCCAAUACACCUGGCUCAACUACUUCAAGACAGGGUCAAAGACGCAAGGCUGGUGGGAAGAUAAUAAGGAGCAUACUUUUGAGAAACGAGGCAGGCCAAAAUCAAUCUUCAGCAGCAGGCCAGCUUCAGCAGAAAACUCAAGCCAUGAGUCCGGACUCUGUCAAAAAACCUCCCCAGCCAACUAAUCCGCGAUUGGGUUAUGGAAGCGAGAAGCAUGAAAAACGUACAAGAAAUAAAGAUAGACCUGAUCGUGGUGUAUGGGCACCUCUUAAUCGUUCUGAUUUUUCACAAUCUAGUGAAGAACGUCUGACACCCCCUGUGUCUUCUCGCAGUUCCAUGGACGGUUCCAAUUGGCAAUUUGGUCGGGGCGCAGCUACCCAUAAUAUAAAGAUGAUGGAUCUGUCAUAUCAAGUGAGGGCAAGCCUUCAAAAAGAGGAGGUGCUACAAGCUCUGGAGCCCAUGAGAAACAAGUGUGGGUUCAGAAAUCAUCCACAGGUUCUUAAAAAAUCUAACAUGAACCGGGGUCUUGAAUCACAACCCUUUCGACCCAAAUUCGGGGUGGUCAUUUUCUGCCAUGUUGAGAUGAAGUGUGCAUGCAACACAUCUAUUUGCCUUGUUGGGUUUGCAAUAGUUGUAUUCUCCAGAAAAUGUUCUUGAUUAGUCCUUUACCUGGUACUGCAUUAAUCGCCUUAUUAGAUGACUGUCAAGAGCAAAGCAUUGGCGAGCAAUCCGAUGGUUGCUUGCCUGGUCCGAAAUGCGCUGUGAUAAAAUUUGGGAAAAGAGGUGAUUGGAUCAAGUGUAUUGCCUGAUAAUCAGUGGUGUUGCCGGAAGGGGAGAUUCUACUAGAUGUUCUUGUGGGUUUUUCUUUUUUCAUUUUAGAGUUUUAUUGAAUGAUGCAGUGCAAAGAGUUUUGAAGUUUGCUUGAAUCAUAUUGGUCUUUUUAUAUAUGUAUUUAAGAAAAAGGGUCUUAGUUUGGAAGAAACAAAAGUUGUUGAAAUUCAAACUUCAAACUUUUCUUAGUGGAUGAUGCAGUGCUCCCAAGUUUAUUUAUUUUUGGCUCG